AUGUCAAUCCGUCGUUGGUCACCUACCGGUCUUUGUAAGCUGGCCACAAUCAGUCUUGACCGAGAGAAGACUGUUCGCCUUCUUCGGUUGAUCGUGGCCGCCACUCGACUCGCAGAAGAAACAUUCUUUCGAUUUGAGGAGUGGUGCUCUGAUGCUAUUCAGUUGCGCUGUCAUAGAGCCCUGGCGUUUCGGCUGAUGGCUGAUCACUUUGAAACGGAUGUCGCAAGACGAAUCGCAACAGGUAUUCCUCCGGGCACCGAUCUUUUCACCACAGAGGCCGCUGCUAUGGCACGGCAACCAAGCAAAGAGGAUUCAAGGCAUUUGGCGGCUUGGAGACGCAAGGCAAUUGUGUUUGACCAGAAGGCCAUCGAUUUAUUGAAAACCUGUCUCGUAACCUACCCUCAGCCCGAGAGCAUACUCCGUUCCGGGAAAUUUAUGUCACGAAACGAUCUGUUGGAUGUUGUGUGA